CGGGACCUACCGGGGACCCCCCCCGAGCCUUCCCCCCUUCCCCCCGGCGCUGAGGGGGCGGCGGAGCGGGCAGAGCCCAUGUGUGGGGAUGGAGGGCGAGGGGGGGGGUGAAGCCCCCCGACCCGCCGGCGCCCCGUGGCGCAGCUAUAAGCUCGUGGUGGAUCCGGCGCUGCGCCGCGGCGCACAGAAGGUUUACCGCUACGAUGGCCUCCACUUCAGCGUCCCCGACUCGGGGCUCGCCCCGGCAGGUGCCGUGCAGGACCCUCGGCCGCGACGGAUUUGGGCCAAACACCGUGACCUCUCCCUGCCUGUCCCUAAAUUCAAGUUGGACGAGUUCUACGUGGGACAAAUCCCCCUGAAAGAGGUAACGUUCGCUCGCCUCAACGACAACGUCCGGGAGCCCUUUUUAGCCGAAAUGUGCCGGAAAUACGGAGAAGUGGAAGAGGUGGAGAUCCUCCUGCACCCCAAAACCCGCAAACACCUCGGUUUGGCUCGCGUCCUCUUCGCCACCACCCGCGCCGCCAAAGAGACCGUCAAACACCUUCACCGCACCUCCGUCAUGGGAAACAUCAUCCACGCGCAGCUCGACGUCCGCGGGCAGCAGCGGCUGCGUCUCUACGAGCUGAUCGUCAGCGGCGCCUACACCCCCCAAACCGUCCCCACCGGCCAGGGGGACCCCGAAACGCCCCCCGAGCCUCGACGACGCUCUUCCACCGACUCCUCCUUCGCGGCCCCCCCGGGCAACGGCACCCCGGACCCCCCUACCCCAUCCUCGACUGCCGGGGGGGGUUACAGCCCCUUUCCCCUCCCGGCCCCCCCUUUUCCGCCCCCCUUCGCCGCCGAGAGCACCCCUUACGCCAGGCACGGCUUCGAAUCCUUCCCCGCGCGCCGCACGGAGCCAUCGGCGUUCCCUCGCCGUUCCGGAGCUUUCCUUUCGUAUUCCUACGACCCUCCCGGCCUUUAUUCCCGUCAACCUUCGGCUUCAUCCUCUUCCUCCUCCUCUUCCCGUCGCCGCCAACGCCCUCAACGCGAAGACGAACCUCCUCCUUCCUCUUCCUCCUCUUCCUCUUCCUCUUCCUCCACGCCGGCCGCCGCUUUUCCCGCUCCUUCCGCCACUCCUCCAUCUUUUCCCCCCUUCGGCUCUUCGGAUGCGCCCCAAGAGCAGCGAGAGUUUCGCCUCCUGAAGGCUCCCGAAGCCUUCGGCGCUGCUCCCAACGAACCUCCUCCUCCUCCUCUCCUCCUCCUCCCUCCGCCGCCGCCGCCGCUGCCGCCUCCGCCGCCGCCCCCCGUCGUUCCCAGAGGAGGGGGUUCCCCGGAUCCCGAAGCCACCCCGGAAAGCGUUCCCUUCGCCCAACACAGCAGCCUCGACUCUCGCAUCGAAGCUCUCCUCAAAGAACAACGCUCCCAUUUCUCCUUCCUCCCCGCCGACGAAGAGGACGACGAUAAAGAUCUUCCUCUUCCUCCUCAACUCCCCCCGAAAACCCCCGACGAUGCCGACGCCCCUAAAAACGGGAUCCCAACGGAUGCGGGAAGGCAAGAAGGGGGUACCCCCACCGCCACCGCCGCCGCGGGGGGAGCGGGAGAGGAGCCCCCCGAGUCGCCCAAAGCCAACGGGCAGGAGAGGCUCUCUUCCGGCGAAGAUAUGGAAAUCUCGGAAGAGGACGAUGGGGUUCCGGAACCGCCCCCCUCACCGUUACCCCCGUUACCCCCUUUCUCCUUUCUCCCGCCCCCCCGAACCGCCCCCCCAAACCUUCCCCCCCCCCCCUCAUUCCCCCUUUUGCCCCCCAUUUCCAUCAACCCCCCCCCGUACCCCCCGGUUGCUCCGCAUUUCCCUCCUAACGCUGAAGAAAGACCACCCGGUACCGAUCCGGUCCCACCGCAACCGUUACCGCCACCGCCACCACCACCUCCUGACCCCCCCGGGAAUUAUGGGAUGGAAGGGGGGCCCCCCCAAAAUAUUGGGGGUCCCAUCGAGGGGGUGUUGGCGGCUUUGGUGCAGGAGAUGAAGGCGACGAUGCAAAGGGAUCUCAACCGGAAGAUGGUGGAGAACGUGGCCUUCAGGGCCUUCGACGCGUGGUGGGAGAGGAAAGAAGAACAGGUGAAGCCGUUCCAGUCGAGCCGGCAGCGAGGAGAGGAGGAGAAGGAGCGAGCGAGGCCGAAGGAGCCCCCGGCGCUGCUGUCGUUGGUGGAGUGGGCGCGGGGGGGCGGCGCCGGAUUGCGGGGGGCCCUGCGCCUGCCUUCCUUCAAGAAAAGUAACCCCCCCCCGGCGGCCCCCCGUCCCGACGCCCCCGGAAAGCGCCGGAAGCUUUUCCGCUUGGACAGCGAAGGUCGAAGAGGCCAGCGAGGAGUCGUCCCUCGGGGAAGGAAGAGGAGGAGGAGGACGAGGCCGAAGAAGAGGAGGAACCGCGGCAGCGCCGGCGCCGGCGGAGACCGAAGGGGGGGGAACCCCCGGGGGGGCCACGUCGGGGCCACCGAGAGCCCUUGGACGGACCUCAAGGACGUUGAGUUUGGGGACAUUGAGGACAUUGAGGACCUCAAAGACGUUGAGUUUGGGGACAAUGGGGACAUUGAGGACCUCAAAGACGUUGAGUUUGGGGACAAUGGGGACAUUGAGGACAUUGAGGAUCUCAAAGACGUUGAGUUUGGGGACAUUGAGGACAUUGAGGACCUCAAAGACGUUGAGUUUGGGGACAAUGGGGACGUUGGGGACAUUGAGGACCUCAAGAACGUUGGGUUUGGGGACAUUGAGGACAUUGAGGACCUCAAAGACGUUGGGUUUGGGGACAAUGGGGACGUUGGGGACAUUGAGGACCUCAAAGACGUUGGACUUGGAUGGAAGACCCCUGCGGCCGGCACCGGUGCCGCCAUUUUCCCCGCCGCCGCCCUCCUCGCCCUCGCGGCCCACGCCGAGCGCUUGGGAGCCACUUCCUUACGGAAUUGGCUCGCGGUGGCUACCAACCCCCAGCCUGCACCGCGGCACACCUCGCCGUCUUGGCCACCGUCGCUCUCACCCACGGAGGACAGCGAGGAAGACGAUGACGACGACGAUACCACCCACUGCCAUCUUCCAUCCCAUCUCUCAGAGCACAACUACGCCAUGACGGCCCGCGGUUUUGUCCUCUACCACCGCCGCAGUUCACGGCCCGGAAGGCCUUCGCUCGAAGCCGUUGUGGCCGAAGUCCUCGAAGCCCCCCUGAGGCGCGGCCAAGAGGACAACGAGGAGGACAACGGCGACGAAGAAGAAGGGGUGAGGAGGUGGUUAAGGCCGCGCGGCCCUCAACCGACGCCGCCGCGUGAGUUUCCGCCGCGCAGCGAAUUCGAGCAGAUGACCAUUCUCUACGACAUUUGGAGCUCCGGGUUGGACGCUGAGGACAUGAGGUUCCUGCGCGUCACCUACGAGCGGUUACUGCAGGAGGACAGCGGCACUCAUUGGCUCAACGACACCCAUUGGGUGCACCACACCGUGACGCGCGGCGGUGGCCGCCAUUUGCCGGCUCCGCACCGGACGGGCAGCGCUCGCACCGAAGGCUUUUACCCCAUCAGCCGCCGCGAGAAGACGCGGUACCUCCACCCCCGCCCGCACCGACACCCCCCGGACCCGCAGGGGUCGAACCGAGUGCUGUCGGAGCGACGGUCGGAGCAGCGGCGCCUGCUGAGCGCCAUCGGAGCCACCGCGCUGCCCGACAGCGACCUCCUCAAGCUCAACCAGCUCAAGUUCCGGAAGAAGCGGCUCCGCUUCGGGCGCAGUCGUAUCCACGAGUGGGGACUCUUUGCGUUGGAACCCAUCGCCGCCGACGAGAUGGUCAUCGAGUACGUGGGGCAGAGCGUCCGACAGGUGGUGGCCGACAUGCGGGAGAAGCGCUACGCCCAGGAGGGCAUCGGCAGCAGUUACCUCUUCCGCGUGGACCACGACACCAUCAUCGACGCCACCAAAUGCGGCAAUUUGGCGCGGUUCAUCAACCACUGCUGCACGCCCAACUGCUACGCGAAGGUGAUCACCAUUGAGGCGCAGAAGAAGAUCGUCAUCUACUCCAAGCAGCCCAUCGGCGUCAACGAGGAGAUCACCUACGACUACAAAUUCCCCAUCGAGGACACCAAAAUCCCCUGCCUGUGCCGCACCGAGAGCUGCCGCGGGACCCUCAACUAGGCCCGGGGUCACCGCCGGGUCACCGCGGGCCACCAGGAUGGACGUGGGGCCACCAGGAUGGACGUGGGGCCACCAGGGUG